UCACCGAAAAACCGGCGGCCACGAUGGAGUACCGAUUCUCUACGAUAUAAAAGAGCCGCGAUAAUGGUAGGAUUAGGGUUUCAGAGCACGCGAGAGCUGCUCCGCAACUUGAAGACUUACGUCGUCGUCUGCGAUCCUUCUGAGUUCUGGACUUCGACGGUGGCGGAUUGUUAAAUUGCUCCUAUUCUGUGUGGUAAAUGGUUUCUUUCCCCCUCUUUUGUUUUUGUAUAUUUGAUGCUUCGGAGUAGAAAUGGCGGUUCCGUUGCUGACGAAGAAGAUUGUCAAGAAGCGUGUCAAGAAGUUCAAGAGGCCCCAGAGCGACCGCAAGAUAUGCGUGAAGACAAACUGGCGCAGACCAAAAGGUAUUGAUUCUCGGGUGAGAAGAAAGUUCAAGGGAUGCACCUUGAUGCCAAAUAUUGGCUAUGGUUCUGACAAGAAGACACGCCAUUACCUGCCAAAUCGAUUUAAGAAGUUCGUGGUUAACAACGUUUCAGAUUUGGAGUUGCUGAUGAUGCACAACCGGACUUAUUGCGCUGAGAUCGGCCAUAGUGUUUCUACGAAGAAGCGCAAGCUCAUCGUCGAACGCGCUGCACAACUUGACAUUGUUGUCACGAACAAGCUUGCUAGGUUGCGCAGCCAGGAGGAUGAGUAAAACAGAUGUAUUUUGUUUGCGAAUAUUACUACGAAACUUGACUCGGUUUCACUUUAGUCCAUGCAAUUUGAUUGGUGAAAAUGGCUGUUUGAAUUUAGAGAGAUGUGUUUUGGGAUUAGUUUGAUCAACAAGAUUUUGUUCAGUAUUUCA